AUGUACGAUCGCACCUCUUCCACCCCUCGCCGUCCUCCACUUCAUCCUCCCUCCCCACACGGAACCAAAAUUCAUUCACCACCUCCGAAUCACCCUCCCAACGCCCAUUCUGACAUUCCCACCUACCGCGCCGUCAUUACCCUGAGCAUAUAUCCUAGACCUCCUCGCUCCUGCACCACCUCGCCAUACUGUGUGCAUUCCCCGCCUUCUCCCCCAGUAGGUGAGAGGAGGGGGGGGGGAGAGGAAGUGUGAGCGCAAUGCGCGGCACAAGACUGGGCGUAAUAGCCGUCUACGCUCUCCUGCGCAUACCCUUCUGCACAAGAAGAUACACACACUUGCUGCAUCUCCUGGGGGAGGGGGAGGGGGAGGGAAACAUUACUUUGCCAGGACUGGGAGGUCCCGACUCGUCCGGGUCCAGACUAUAUAUAUGUGCCGUUGUGAUUGUUGUGGCGGGGUGUGUAUGAGGUUUGUGAUGUAAGGAAUACUCUGUUUUUCGGGGAAUACCGAGUUCUUUUUUUUUAUAUGAUGUUAUAUAGAUAUACUGGCACGCUAAAAAGGGGCCUCAAUUGACUAAACCUUAGUUUUCAGAAA